AUGGAGCCCGACAAGGAUAAAGACAAGACCCUUUCUUUGGGCGAAAUCAAAGCCAUGCUCGAGGAAAGCGAGCAGCAAGAGCAAGUGGCACACAAGCGCGCCACCAAAGCCGCCAAACGCUUUGCCAAACUUGAUCUCACUGCCGAGGAAGAGGAUUUCGCGACCAGUAUUCGCAAGCAGCUAGCCAACUUCAGCGGCUACCUGUACAAGCCCGAAUACCAGUAUGCGCAUUUGAGAACCGAGCCGCCCUGCACCCGCCCGGAAUACUCCGAAUACACGAAGAAGCAGAUGAGGGAGGCGGAGGAAGCGGAAGAGAAGCAGAAGAAGGCCGCCAAUGAGGCUGAGACGGACACAAAGGCCGACAAGAUCAAGGACGACGGCGGUGUGCCGACGAAGAAGGAAGUUGAAGAUGCUGCUGAGGCUCUCAUACCCAACAUCCAGAGGCUGUCCAUGCUUGCGGAUUCUGACAGCUCUGAUGAUGACGAUGUCGACACUAUCAUUCAUCGCAUGCCCAGUAAGAGCUCUGACGGCGGUUCGGUCAUAACCACCAUCCUCGACGGUAGGACGAGCAAGUUGGCUUCAACCAAGGAGCCUCCAACCGUCAAGCCCACCACUGCUCUCAACAACACCCCGUUCGACCCUGACCAGCCGGUCCUUCUUGCGAGCCACGAAGCCCCCACUCUAAACAGCUACGCUACCGGACCACGCUCGUCUACUUCAAGCUCCCUAAGCCAGAUGGCCGUAGACCAUGAGGCUGGAAGGCUGCAUUCAGGUGACCGAGUCCACCCAUGGCCUAAUCUCUGGCCCGACUACAUGCACAAGCCUCCUCAGCUAGAUCAAACGCAGUGGACUAUCAUCAAUGCUAACCUGGGCUCCUUGGGUGCAGCGAAAGAUGGCGCGAUCGACCCCUGCGACGAAGAGAACCGACAAGCUUACGAGCAGAUCCAGGAGGUUUUGGAGGUGUGUUGGCUGGUUAUGACUGGUCAACUCUCACCUAUUGGCAACAUUACGGCUCAGAACAUUUUGAAGCCUAUACUGCAGAAGGAGAAGCCGGACAUGAAAGCCAGGUUGAAAGUGUAUGAGGAGAAGCUGACACUCCGAAGGAUAGCGUUGAAUUUGCCUGGAGGGGAUUGGAAGCGCUUAUCGGGGGAAUCUGGCAAGUCAGACUCUUUCUUCAGCACGCCAUCCAUGGGCACGCCAAGCCAAGUUUCCAGCACACCUCUCGUACCAUGCUCUCCCGCGGCCGGAAUGGGAGGCCCGUUUCCCGCGUUCGCCAAUAGCCCGAGUGUAGCGACCGAUCACUUUUCGAGCACUCCGGCAUCGCCCAGCACGAGCAAGCGUUCAUCUCCAAAUACGAACAAGCGGUCUUCUGCCAGCUCUGACAAACGUUCCUCAACCCAUUCCGAUACUAAGCCCUUAGUGUCUGAAGCAGACAGCAAGAACUCAUCGGCUCAUACGUCCUUCGAUGGUCAUUCGGGCGCUCAGACCCCUUCAAAGCGUGGCAAGUUGGCUUUGAUCACCAGCGCCUUUAAGGUUCCGAAGUCUCCCAAGAAGAGCACGAAGUCGUGGGAAAACAGUGGUGCAGUCGAGAGACAGAUUGUAACAACGCCGAGGGACGCUCCACCCGUUCCUACAAUCCCCGCACCUUUCAGUGGUCAAAACACACCGCAGACGUCAUUCGAGACUGCUGUGUCGAGCACAAACACCCCUUCUCUCACUGCAAGUCCUACUAUCCCGAGCUUGAACAGGAAACCUUCCAGGAGCUUUGCUGGCACUCCUAGCUCCUCCAUGGCGGGGCCGACUAGCAAGAAGUACAUGUCUUUUGAUGGAUACUUCAGUGCUGAAAGUGACGAGCAAAAGGCACAUUUGGCAUCUGGUAGUACCGUCGUGCCUGCCCAGCCGCCUGCGGGCAAGGUCCAGUCAGCUUCUUUUAGGGGCACACCAGGUGGCAGAAAGACGCCAACGGCGAUUCGGGAGCCUGGUUUGUUUAGCCCGAGAGCUGACACCCCAGCUACAAUGAAGUCGACCGACCUUGACCAUGCUUCCGUGAGUAGCCGCUACACGCCGAACGUUUCUACUACUGAUCUGAGCACGACAAAGCGUUCUAGGAAGCACAGCCGCGCCUCUUCUGGAGCCAGUACGCGUUACAACGUCUUCGAUGCUCAUCUUGAGGAGCUUCUUAGCGAGUUCAAUGCUUGGGCCGAUGGUCAGGACGCAUCCAUGGAUGACGUUAGCAAAGAUCCUGAGCGACCCAACGUCAAGGAAAUUCUCAAGCCACUUGACUACGAGGAAAUACGCAGACUUAACCCUAGCGAGCACGAAGCAAUGGUCAAUGAAGUCAAGAAGAUCAUGCAUGCCGAUCUGCGUGCUCAGGUUCUCAAGGAACACCACGAUGCCCGCUUUCCCUCUGGCGCCCCUGGUCACCGUUCUACUUCUUUCGCGGCGCUGCCUUACCUCGCACUCCGCAUCGCACGCUGGGUUCUGGACGCUGUCAAUGAGAGUUUCCUGCCUUCACUCAAGUGUGCCUACGAGAUCGAGAACUACCAAUUCGCUGAAUACGAGCGUCGCUGGCGUGUUACCCACCCAGGAGGCAAGACUAACCCUUUCAGUGGCGUUUCUCGUCCCGCAGACGGAUCUUACCUCCGACCCGCUUACGCCGCAGCCUGGGCGACGCGUUUCGUGCAGUGGGCCGAGGAGCAGCAGCAGCUGUGGAAGUACGAAAAUGUCGACCUUCCAACCAUGAACGAGUACGGCGGCGGCUUCAGGCGCCCGGGUCGUACUAUGGAGGCGAAAUUCCUGCUCAACAUGGUCAAUGAGAAGAUUAACAUCGAUCGUAGCACUGGUGACCUCGAGAUCGAGGGUGACGGUGCGAUGCUGAAGGAUGAUGAGGUUCAGCGAAGGUUCGAGAAGCUGGCGCGGAGGGAGCAGCGCAAGGGCACGAAGAAGGUUUGGGCGGCCUGCGAGGAGCAGAUCAAGAGGCUGUCAAUGAUGAUGGACGUGGUCAAGGCUGAGCGCCCGGCAUCGGGUGUUGUUAGCGGAAGGUCCUCGCCUGAGGACGGCCUUUCGACGUAUCACCAUGACUCCACCCUGGCUUACGCUGGACUGUUGGGUGGUAUUUAA